AUGGAUCUCAGCGCCCAGCGACUGAAGCAUUCCGGCGCCGACGGCGACGGCGGCGGCGAGGACCGCCUGAGUGAUCUACCAGACGACGUGCUCAUAGACAUCCUUGUCCUGGUCGACGACGCCGCCGAGGCCCUCCUCCCGGAGCUCAGCUUCAACUUCAUCGGGCACCACCGCAUAGACGCCGCGCUCGCAGCCCAUCAAGUGCCGGAUCUGAGCCUCCUCUUCGUGCUAACCGAGGAUCCGUAUCCUGAAUUCGUGUCGGAGUGGCUUCCCGCCGCCGCGCGCGCUCUCUCUGGCCACAUAGACCUCGAGGUUUUUCGGCCGGAUACCGAGCCCGUGGCCGAGGAAAGAGGCGACAUUGAUCUGCCUUGCUUCGAGAAGGCUACCUCCAUCACGCUCAAGCUUGGGUUCCUUGGCCUCGCCCUGCCUUCAUCCGGAGUGUUCGCCCGGCUCCGUGGUCUACAGCUGGUUGACGUCCGGCUACAUGGUCAGUCCGGGCUCGGCGAACUUCUCUCCUCCCAGCGGUGCCCAUCCUUGAAGUCCGUCAUUGUCUGCCAAGCCCGGGGCCUCGACAGCUUCAACAUUCACUCGGAAUCUCUUCUAAACAUAGAGCUGUCGAAUCUGCAUUGCUUGCAGCAGCUCACUGUCAUUGCGCCGGUACUCGAGAUCUUAAGAGUGAAAAACUGCUUUACCAAUCCGCUGGAUCCAGAUCUAUCAGUUGCCAACAUCUCAGCCCCUCAGCUGAAGUUGCUCGAGUGGAUGAAUGCUUAUGAUCCAAGUUCUAUCCAGCUUGACAACAUGAUGCAUCUCGAAAAUCUGGGCAUCAAAAUUUUUAUUCUAGAGGGAGAGGAGGAGGCUGUUGAACGCAAUCUCUAUUGCAUGACGCUUUUGUGGCGCUUUGACCACAUUCGCGCUCUUGAUCUCCUGAUUUCCUAUCCUCCGGACAUAUGUACCGGGCCAUACUUGAUGGAACACAUGCCAAAGCUUCAUAUUACAAUCUUGGCGCUGGGUAUAAUGGCAUAUGGACAUUGCUUUGGAGCAAGCGUAUUUGAUGUUCUAAUGAGGUGUCGUGGUCUAAAAAGGCUGGACCUUGAUUUUCUGCCAAGAAGUCAACUCGGGGAACAAACUCUCUGCCCAUCAGGUUGCAUAUGUGAUCAGCAACCAAAAUGGAAAACUGAAGAGCUUGCGCUGAAUUGCCUUGAGGAAAUAGAAAUCCAUGACAUGAGGGGAACUGAACAUGAAGUUGCUCUUGUGCAACGGUUGUUCCAUUGGGCAAUAGUACUCAAAAGGCUGAAAAUAGUUUUCCAUGAAUUAAUCACUGAAAGCAAGGCCAAAGAGCUCCGCCAGUUAUUACUAAGCUUCUCUAGGAUAGACAUAUGUAUCGAUAUUAGCACGUUUGUUCCAUAAUACGUGGGCACCACUUUUUUGCUUAGCAACUUUACUUUUGC